AUGAGCGAGCCCAACCCCAAAAGACUAGCUUGGGAUAACUCCGGGGAUAUCCUCCAAGGCAUGCUGGACCGGCAAGUCGCACCAACCUCAGCGCAGUUAGAGUACUCGUCGGAUGGACUUUUAGCCUCUGAGUACGCUCUAAGCGAUCCGGCGUCUUUUCUAGGCCUGCAAUUCGGUCCUGACUCUGCAGUAAUCCCGCACAGCCAUCUAUCUAUGCUCAACCAAUGGCCGCCACAUCACCAGCAAACAUCGUCACCGCCGCCUCAACCCAGCUUGGAUGUUUCUCAGUACCAUCACCCGCGGUUAAAGAGCAGCCAAGAUGCGUGGAACCCGCUUCAAGUGACGGGCGUGCCGGUAAACACGUCGUUAUGGGGGUUCCCUAACGCUAAUAACCUCCAGCAGACGUCUGAUGGUGGCCGCAAAUAUUCGACGGGGCAGUACAGCGCAACUUCCGAGAAUGACAGUCACUAUAACGGCUUCCACCCCUCGGACUCGGGAUACUGCAGUCACAGCUGUACCACGCGUUCGGUCACCACGUCGUCUUACGCGGUUGAUUCCGUCAGCAGCCCAUUCUUAGCACCGCAUGAACAUGAAAAUGAAGAUCGAUCGUCGAUAUUAGAUCUCGGUCCAUCCCACUGUGGCGACACAGUCGUCGAUCCGCUGGAGAUGGCAGAAUCAUCAUCUUUGAUGUGUCAUGAUAUGAUUACAUGUGAUUAUCCCAACUGCCCUUGGACGGGCAAGUGUCCAUCCGACAAGAGGAAGCAUGAAGCGAGACAUAGAAAACUCUUCAAAUGCGACGAGCCUGGCUGUACGCGGAAGGAAGGCUUCGGUACCAUCAAUGAUCUUGCACGGCAUAAAAAGUGUGUCCACAAACAGGAGCCAGAGCGCGGUCCCAAAGUGCUGUAUAUGUGUUUUGGGCGCAACUGUCCACGCCGAGGUAAGGAAUGGCCCCGGUUGGACAACUUCCGUCAGCAUCUCUCCCGGAUGCAUAAUGACGAGGAUACCAAUGAACUACUGAAGAGGUCGCAUGAUUGGUAUGAGUCUUGUGUAAAGCCACGAGCUGAGUCUUCAUCCUUUGCCGAUCACUUCUCGGAUGAGGUUACGGUUGCUGCUUCUGAUUCAGAGUAUGUCAGGAGGGAUUCUGGUCAGGACCUCUACAGUUUGCGGUCUCCAGAUACGCCUGUCUUUAGGCCAUCUAAUCAGUCGGGCCUCCAACCAAUUAAGAACUCCCAAACUCAACGAAGAUAUUCUACCUUGGAUAGUACACCAAGACUCCCUGCAAGAGAUACUGCGCAGCGCCUUGAACUACCGGCUCUGACGACCCUCAAUCUGAGCUCAAACACGGACCUAGAGCCUUCCACCCCUUCUCGGCUGGGACACGCUCAACCUGACAGAAUGGAAAAUAUGGUAUCCGAAAUGGCUACCAAUAUGGUCAACGUCAUGGCAAGCAUGAUGAACAGCAGUAGCAGCGAUAGCGGUAACAGUCAGCGCAGACAUAGCCACCAUAUGGGCGACAAAGUAGAGACACUUGAGCGAAAUAACGGACUGUCCGUUGAGAAGCGGGAGAUGAUGCAGAAGAUACUAUCUGCAGCUCUAGACCAGGUGUCCGGAAACCCAGAAUCUAGUCAGGCUGAUUCACAGACGAUGCCUGACAGUAAGUCCGACAAGAAAGGUUGGAUACAAUGCGAAUUCUGCACGAAGCGCACGCGUUUGCGCUGUGAAAUGAAGAAACAUAAGAAGCGCCAUGAGCGACCGUAUGGUUGCACAUUCGAAAAAUGCAGCAAGACCUUCGGUAGCAAAGCCGACUGGAAACGACACGAGAACUCCCAGCAUUUCCCCUUGCAGAGUUGGCGCUGCACCCUUCCCGAUGCUACGCAAGGGGAUCAAUCCUGCGCUCGCCUAUUCUAUGACCAAGGAGAAUAUACCCGUCAUCUGAAAAAGCAUCAUCAUGCAGAAGAUAAAGAGGUACAGACUGCACUCUCCAAGAAUAGCAUCGGUCCGCAUGGACAGUCGCAAUUCUGGUGCGGCUUCUGUCGUGACAUCAUCCCAUUAAAAGGUCAAGGCCUUGCUGCAUGGAAUGAGCGCUUCAAUCACAUAGAUACUGAGCACUUCAAAAAUGGCGAGCGGAUCGAGGAUUGGCUCCUACCUUCGGGACAUCUGACCAAGGGCCGAGAGCGCGACGGAACGGAACAAAUCGGAACGCACGCAGAUGGCGAUGGUGAGCCUCCAGCAGACGAUGUGAGCGAUGAUGAUACUGUCGGGAGUAUCUGUAACUCUGAGGGCGAGAACCCACGGGAUGAAACCCCGGUGGCGGCCCCAGAACAAGUACAUAACCUUCCACUUCGCCAAGCGAACACUCAUUUUCAAAACAAUUCUCCUAUGUUCAACCCUCUUCCCGACCAGACGAACUUACGAAAACGCAAAUUCUCCGCCCCACAACCGUCUCUAGACUAUUACAUUCGGGCGGAUAUUCCGGCUAUGGAGAAAAGAUAUAAGACCGACGAUGCGAUCCAAUCCCAUUAUGGGAACCUCGUCUACUGCUGCCAGUCUUCUGUGGCAGUUGUGGGAGUGAGCGCCAGCCUCUGCCUAAUGGAUAUAUAG